GAUAGUCCAUAAUGCCAUAAUUGAUAUGACAUGACCGGAUUGGUUCCAUGAUAUUAAAGACCUUCCCAACCCGUGUAGCUGGGACUGAUUUCUACCCCUUAUCACAUCUGUACUUAUAUUUUCAUUUCUCUUUUUGCUUGAAUCUACCUGUCGUCCUACUUUUGUUGCAGAUUUUGCAGCCUGAAGUCACACCAGUCCAUACAAACAUCUACACGACUUUCACAACGUCUUUGUCUCAAUAUUAUCCAUCACCCAGCUUCCAAUUCUCUCGCUCACUUACAUACGUCCACACAUACGCUCACAUAUACGUAGCAAUACGACCUACGCCUUAUCACACAAACCAAUCCCUCCACUAGGUAGCAAGGAAGAGUUUUUAUUCAUCUUUUAAUCUAUUCGACCAAGUUUUUUGAUAUAUUUCUGCCUGCCCUCCUUCCCUGCUGCUGUAUACUUCCUUUUCCCUAUCCCAAAAAACAAAAGACUUUUGCUUUUUCGGUGUCUACAGUACAUAUGCAACGGCUCGGAAUCGGCAUCUUGUCAAAUCUAUCAAUCAAAUAUUCUCCGGAUAUGCAGGUGCAAACGCCACAGGCGCAUGGAUUAUCGGGAAUGCCUGCUCGGACUUCGAUGAGUCGGUCUGGACCAUCGUUGGGAAAUUCUGGAAUCUCUUUGGUGGAUGGAAAGAUGGAGGGUGAUGCUGUGGGGGAUAUAAAUAAAUACUUCCCAAUGGAUUCGGAGGGAGCACAGUCUCAUACUUCCUCUCUCAAUUCAUCCUCAGCUUCAUCAUCAAGAGACAGUAUACCAUACCCGGACUUCAAAUCUUUAUCAUCCAUAGCCUUCGGAAAACAGAACGGAAGCAAUAUGUUGGUCGCGGAGUCUCUCAUCUUCUUUGCUACGGCAUGCAUCCUAUAUGUUCUCAGCUCUCAACGAAAGACUCAUACACGACGUCCUCAGAAUGGAAGUCAUAAGAGGACUUCUUCUACAAACUCGCCAUCAAACAUUACAAAGUUCCUCCACAACCCUCUCGCCCAAAUUUCCCACCUACUAUCAUGUAGCUCAUCCACAUCAUCAUCAUCAUCAUCAUCUAUCUCUCUCCCCACUCCACCCCAUCAACCACCCAAAACCCAACCCGGUCCUCAGAAACCCGCCUAUGCUCUCCCACCACUCAAGCCCACCUCUCCACAUCCAACCUCAAUGGGUCUCAAACGUCUCGACAAGUCCAAUUGGCUCACCAUCGACUCUACCUAUCUCCCCGAGCAUGAACUUCGCGCUUCACUUCUUGAAACACAUGGACCAUGCGUUUUGCAAGUCUUGCCCCCAGCCGUUCCAGCUACAUACGAACUCCUCGAAAUGGUCAUUGAGUUUCUCCUAGAUCGGUAUCCGGAUGAUUUCUCCCUCGUGGAUGAAAACACAAUCCUCAACAAGUUGACUGGGGAGACAUCUAUCAUUGGAUCAAAAUGUGAAAACCCACUUGAGACAGCAACUCGUCUCUGUAUGGAAGACUUUAAUAUCCUAUUACAAGAUCCGUCAGAAGAAGAUGGAGAAUGGAACUUGAUGGCUUCCGCCACCCUCUUUCCAGCAGGGUGGAAGUUGCAGGAGAGAAUUGGUAGCAGUAUGGCUGUACUACAUAGGCCUGUGCCAGGGUGGAAAGAAAAGUUGGGAAAGAGUGUCAACCGAUACUUCACCCACCUCACACCCCGCACCUGCAUGGAGCGCUCCAACAUCUUCAUUCAAACCACCCCCAUCCUCUUCCAAGACAUUCCAGAAGCACCCCCCUCACCCUCUUCCCCACUUGCCCCCUCGGACAUCUACGUACGUCGCGAACGCCAAACCUUUACCCGACUGCCUAAAUCCAACGCGGUGCUUUUUACAGUGCGCACGUAUAUGGAAAAACUGGUAGAUCAAAACAUCGCGGAUAUGGAAGCGAUGGCGAAACAGAUCAGAGGAUGGGAUGGAGAUUUGGCGAAGUAUAAGGGGGUGGAUAUUUGGGGGGAUGUGACAUUAGCGUAUUGUGAUGGGAAGGUGGAGGAGAAGCUGAGGGGGUUGAGGAGAGAUUCUGGGAUUGAUAUGGGGUGUGAGGAUGAAGUGGCCAAGUCUUAAUGGAUAAUAGGAUGGAUAUACGUUCUGGAGUAAUAAUAUUUGGGGUUUACAUUUUUCAGGCUGGAUGGAUGGAUGGAGGGGUAGAGGGUGGUUCUUUUUUUUUUUCUUUUUCUUCUCAAAAUGGCAAUCGGAAAGGAAGAAGAAACGAUGGAAUAAUGAGUCAACACGAUCACACGGUAACUUGGUAACGGGAGGACAUCUGCUUUUACAAAAAUUUACAAAAUUUCGUGCGAUACAGGAGCGAUAGGGAAGGGAUUAAUUACAGGAAAAGAACAGAACUGUUUUAUGAGGUACUUUUUUGCGUGCAUUUUAAUGCGUGGGCUUUAAUAUAGGGGACGAGGGAGAGAGAGAGAGAGGUUAGAUAGAGGAGAGGAGAGGAGGAGAGGAGAGGAGAGGAGAGGAGAGGAGAUGAGGAAUAAGAAGAUCAAAAAUUGGAGAAGAUUAAUAAGACACUUGUCUACCUACCUUGUACUUGAUUCAAACAUGUAUACAUAUAUCAAAAUAAAAAGAUCGAUAGAAGAAUCCUCA